GGACUCCAGAGCAGUGGAGACGUUCUCUGGAGUGAAGAAUCACACUUCAUACAAAUUCUCUGGACUCAUCCUCAGUGCAUGGUGUGUGUAUUUGUGGAAGGAAAGGAAGCUCAAAGGGCCUGUGAUUUAUGCCUGGUCGUUUUAUGCACAGCCAUAAGUAUGUGAUAGCGUCUACUAACGAUUACUAUAAUGCGCCCAUCGUCUGUCUACGUUCUGCAAAAUAUUAAAUUGUGACCCAGAAUCAGUCUGAUCCGUCUCCCGAACGAUUUACGAGCCGAGUGGAGAGGGACGAUUCUUAAAUGAAAGUGGAACGCAGCCCAGUGGAGCUGCGAGAGCUGUCUUGUCUCCAGAGUAGGAAGCGUGUCGGACUGCAACGGUUUGUCAGUAACACUGACUGACCGCGAUGUUCGAGGCGAAUUGUGUGAACGAGCUCACGGCGUAACAGGCGUUAUGGCGACGAAUAAUUUAACGCUGGACCAACAGUCGAGGCAGGGCAUGGAGCAGUACGACGCAGCCAACGAGUGCCAGACUGAAUUCGUGAUGAAUUCGAGCCCAGGCUCCGGUUUGCUGGACGAGCUGUGGAUUCCAAACCAGAGACUCCAAAGCGGAACCAAAGGGAGAUUAGCUGAAUCGCGCACGGCACCCCUUCACUUCAGCGUCAAAACAGAGACGAACGAGAGCGGAGUUAACUUCCAGGCGGCUGAAGGAAAUGUCCCAUACGACCAGUUUCCCCGACACUGCGCGUUUCCAUACUACACAGACGCACACGAAGCGUUUCCUUUGAGUGCUGUCAGUGGGUAUGGGUUACCUGCAUGUCCCUCUUCCCUUGAUAAGGAGCCUGAGCAUCUGUACCCAGAGGGAAAGUGCACUAGGUUACCUGGCGCCAUGUCCGCAUCAGGGCUUCUGCGAACCUGCAAGAUACAAUCACUCGGAUCUGAACAAAGACUGGCAGACUCAAGGCUCCUAUUCCCAGCCCAGCGAAUUUGCCAGGUCUGCGGGGAGCAGGCUUCAGGGUGUAACUACGGAACACUUACCUGUGGAAGUUGCAAAGUAUUUUUCAAGAGAGCUGCCACAGGCAGACAGAAAUAUCUGUGCGCCAGCAGGAACGACUGUAUCGUUGAUAAGCUCAGGAGACGAAACUGCCCAUCUUGUCGUCUAAAACGAUGCCUUGAAUCAGGGAUGAGCCUUGGAGGCCAAAAGCUAAAGAGAGUCAAACAGGCCAAACAAUUGAAGAAUGAACCUGCGCAAGCGCUCACAGUAGCAGUGAGGCAUGUUUCUCUCAAGCCUGCUCUCCAGACCCAACAUGAGCUUCUGGACAUCCUGGAGCAAAUUGAGCCUGCAGUGGUCAAUGCCGGCCAUGACCAGGCUCAGCCUGACUCAGCUAACUUGCUGCUGACCAGCCUUAAUGAACUGGGAGAGCGACAACUCGUCACAGUGGUCAAAUGGGCAAAGGGAAUGCCAGGCUUUCAGAAACUGCACCUGGAUGACCAAAUGACUGUCAUUCAGUACUCCUGGAUGGUAAUUAUGGUGUUUGCCUUGGGCUGGAGGUCCUACAAGAAUGUCAAGGCCAGAAUGCUUUACUUUGCACCUGAUCUUGUGUUCAAUGACCAAAGGAUGCAGGUCUCCAGCAUGUAUGAGCACUGCGUCCGCAUGCGCCAUCUCUCGGAGAGUCUGAGUAACCUUCAGGUCACACAGGAAGAGUUCCUCUGCAUGAAAGCGCUGCUCCUCUUCAGCAUCAUUCCAGCAGACGGGCUGAAAAACCAGAGCUGUUUUGAUGAAUUGCGGACAACCUACAUCAACGAGCUCGAUCGGUUGGUUACCCACACAAGCCACGGCAACCACGCUCAGAGGCUUUUCCAGCUCACACAGCUGCUGGACUACCUGCACCCGAUUGUGAAGAAGCUUCAUCAGUUUACGUAUGACUUGUUUGUACAGGCCCAGUCCCAUUCAGUGAAAGUGAACUUCCCUGACAUGAUUUCACACAUCGUAUCUGUUCAUGUACCAAGGAUCCUCACAGGCAUGGUCAGGCCAAUCCUUUUCCACAGAUAAUGUCUUAACUUUAAGAUGCCUGCCUCCCCUAGCCAUGCUUGUUACACAGCUGCUGUAUUUUCUGCCAGAGCUGCUAUAGGUAGUAUUGUUUUUUUUUUUGUUUGUUUGUUUGUUUUUAAUCAAAUGCUCAAGGAUUCACCUAGCCUAUAACAGAAAACAUAGCAAAACCCUUUAACUGAGUCAGAGCAACUUUAUUGCCAGUUUCUUAAUCAAAAGUGAAUGUCUUCUCUUGCACUUUUGCAUAGAAGUUUUAUAGCAUAUUGUAUCCACCACAGGAACUGCAGCAACAAAAGGCAUAGUAAUAAAAAAUUAAAGUUAUAAAUGCAACUAUAGGCAAGUUAUGAGUAAUGAUCAAUAUUUUAAGACUAUGGUUAAUGGACUUCUGCUUAAUAGUUUAGAACUCACUGAAGUAAAAUCAGUCUUGCGUGCCUGUAAUGCUCGUUUUGAUGCAUAUCUUACGUGCUACUGCAGCAUGAAAUGUACAACUUUCAUUUUGAUUUUUUCUCUCUCUCAAUAGUUACUAUAAAAUUUAGGGGAAAUGUGUAGCAGAAAGAACAAAUGAUAUAUUUUUAAUCAGAUUAGGUGAAGCUGACAAAAGAAAAUAUUUAAGAAAAGUCCUAAGAGUGCCACUGUAGUGCCAUGCAAAUGUUUGAGCACCCAAAUGACAGAUUUUGUAGAUUUUUGCAGAGAAAAGAAGUAAACAACAUAAGCAGCAAACUAUUUAAAAUUAUUUCUCUGCAAAUGUUCAUGUACAUUGUUACUUCAUGUUUGAUUACCUUAAAAUACAAAAAAAAGACACUUGUGGCAUAUGCAAAAUUCUACUAAGUCAGUACUUGGUAACACCCACUUACACUAAUCACAUCUAGCAAACACUUUUUCUGUUGUCAGAAUUCUCAUCCACACUUCCUUGCAGAACAGUUCUAGCUCUGAUGUUCUUGGGCCUUUUCACAUGCACAGCAUGUUUAAGAUCUACCCCAGCUUUUCAGUGAUAGCAGGGAAAUGUAAGCUGCCACAUAACCCUGAAAUUUUAUAGAACCGCUCCCCUAUGCUUAACAAUGUUCUUUUCAUCAAAUUCUGCUCCUUUGUUUCUCCAAACAUACCCUUUGUUAUUGUUGCUGAAGAGUUCCAUUUUACUUUAUCAGUCUAAAAUGCCUCUGGUAUAUCUAGAGGUUGUUCUGCAUACUUCAGAUGUUGAAUUUUAUUAUGUCAUGGGUAAGAUUUCAUUUGAUGGCUCUUCCAUUCAGAUCAUGUUUGUACAAACAAUGUUGCUCAGCAUAACAGUGCACCACCCCUCAUGUGUCAGUUAAACCUUCCUGUAGGUCCUUUGCGGUCAUAUGCCUUUCUGCCCAGCACACAAGCAGUUCUAUCUAGAAGUUUCUUUAGUCUUACAGACAUUUCAGAGCUGGAAUCACUUUAAUAUCUUUUUAUUCUUUGUGGGCACCAGUUACAGUAUUAUGCUUUGAAAUAGUCAACAGCUGACAAUUCAUAAUGACAAUUACUGACCUGUCUAUGAACUAUGAACUAGUCCAUAAAAGUCAGUUAAGGCCUAAUGAGUUAAUUAGGCUGCAAACUGUAGCUGCAAGCUGUAGCUGCAAGCUGUAGCUGCAAACUUUUGCAAACUUUUGCACAUGCCACAAUUACUGUUUUAUUUUCUUCUGUUUUCCAUGAAGUUAAUAAAGACUCUUAGCUGGCUGCAAAAGCAUUUGCAAGCAAUAAUAUCUACAUAAGUGGGUGUUGUGUUGUGAGAUGUUAUAAAUGAGGAGACCAGUCAUUGGUUAAAAUAUAAACAAGAAUGCUCGUAAUGCUCAACAUGGUGCCUAUUUACCCGCGCUUCAAGAAAAAGAGUCAUUCAGCUCACUGGUUACACUGCAAGUGGAGAAGUGUUGACGAUUUUGUGGCACUAAUGGGGAAAGCACCCUCCAUUUUGGAGCUCUUUUGUCCAAUUUUACUGGUGAUUUCAAAUAUUUUUUAAAUGGUAAUUUAACCUUAAGUUUCGAUUUUUGUCGAUUAUUUUGGUCUCUCCCCAUUCAAAGAGAAACGAUCUGGUCUGGUCUCGUGUGCUAAAAAUAACUGCCUGGUGGUGUUUCAAAUAUGUCUGCUGAGUGAACAGACUUUCCUAUAAGGACUUUGGUGUUACCAAAAUUCUAAUUUAGUGGAGUGUCCAGACUUUUGCACAUUCCACAAUCACCAGUGUAUUUUUGCUUUAUUUUAAUCAAAUAUAAAGUUAACUGUGCUUUAACAUUUUUUAAAUAG